CCCUCAUCACGACCAUCGAGUCGCCCGACGGCUCGUGGACCGCCGCCACCGCCGACGACCUGAUCGCGUACAACCUCGACUGGAUGGACAAGUACAAGGGCAACUCGCCCGUCGUCCUCAAGCCCAAGUCGACCGACGAGGUGUCGAAGAUCAUCGCUUACUGCUACAAGAAGCGCAUCGCCGUCGUGCCCCAGGGCGGCAACACGGGCCUCGUCGGUGGCGGCGUCCCCGUCUACGACGAGCUCGUCCUCAACACCGAGGGCAUGAACCAGGUCCGCGACUUUGACGAUGUGUCCGGCAUCCUUACGACCGACGCCGGCUGCAUCCUCGAGGUCCUGUCCAACUACCUCGCGCCCAAGGGCUACAUGAUGCCGCUCGACCUCGGCGCCAAGGGCUCGUGCCACAUCGGCGGCAACGUGUCGACCAACGCCGGCGGCCUGCGCCUCUUGCGGUACGGCAGCCUGCACGGCUCGGUCCUCGGCAUCGAGGCGGUCCUCCCCGACGAGCACGGCACCGUCAUCAGCGUCAACAUGCCUGGCGGUGGAGGGGCGGGCCCGCUGCGCAAGGACAACACGGGCUACGACCUCAAGCAGCUCUUCAUCGGCGCCGAAGGCACCCUCGGCAUUGUGACGGGCGUCUCGAUCCUCACGCCUCGGCUACCGAGCGCCGUCAACGUCGCCGUCCUGUCCGUGCCCGACUUCAACUCGGUCAAGACCGUCUUCAAGGAGACCCGGGCGCAGCUCGGCGAGAUCCUGUCAGCGUUCGAGUUCUGGGACCAGGAGGGGCUCGACCUCGUGCUCGACCACACGGGCGCCAAGUCGCCGUUCGAGACCGCGCCCGAGGGCGGUCGGGCCUUCUACGUCCUGAUCGAGACGAGCGGGAGCAACAAGGACCAUGACGACGAGAAACUCGGGGGCUUGUUGGAGAAGCUCCUCGAGGAGGGCAUCUGCGCCGACGGCACGCUCGCGCAGGACGAGACCCAGGCCGCCAACCUGUGGUCCUUGCGCGAGUCUCUGCCCGAGGCCGCAGGUAAACUCGGCAAGGUCUACAAAUUCGACGUGUCCGUCCCACUCUCCGAGUAUUACUCGCUUGUCGAGGAGACCCGGGCGCGCUUUGUCGAGAACGGCAUGGCCGAGGACGGGACGAUCAAGACGACGGUCGGCUACGGGCACAUCGGCGACAGUAACCUGCACAUCAACAUCGUCGCCAAGGAGUACAACGAGCGGACCGAGAGCGCGAUCGAGCCCUGGAUCUACGAGGCCGUCGCCAAGCGCAACGGCUCGAUUUCCGCCGAGCACGGCCUCGGCGUCAUGAAGCCCAACCACGUCCACUACAGCAAGACCGAGCCGGCCAUCGCCCUCAUGCAGCAGUUGCGGCGAGUGUUCGACCCGCGCGGCAUCCUCAACCCGGGCAAGUACCUGCCGCCGUCGGAGCACCUUCCCGAGGAGGGGCAGGAGAAGGUCAAGUAGAGCGGGUCGGCCGUCACAGGGUGUUGUAGAAAGGAGAGCGAGGACGAAGCGCUCGUGCUGUUCCGUGUCGGCGUCGUCUCG